AAACAUAACCUACAAUUCCACACAUGUUUGAAAUAAAAUGAGGUUGUUGGAGAAACGUAUAUUUAUUAGUGAUUUACCGGAAACAGUAACCCCGGACGAACUUAAAAAUGCCUUCCAAGAUUACGGAAAUGUUAAGUCCACGGAAAUUAAAGAAAGAAAGGAAUUGGGACCUAAAAAUUCUUCAUUGUUUUUUGCUUAUGUGAAUAUAGAAAUUGAUGAUUUUAGUUUACAAAAAUGCUUUAAAGAUUUUAACAAUAAUGAAUGGCAUGGGCAAUACGUUCAAUUACAAAUAGCUAGGGAAAGUUUUUUGGAUCGAUUAAAACGUGAAAGAGAAGAAAAUCCCACAAAACAAGGCUCUUCUGUUACACACUCCUCAACAGAAGACUCCAUAAAACCUAUUGACCAACCAAAAAUAUUAGAAAAGCAAAAUGAACAAAAAUCAGAAAGUAGCGGUAGUGAAACAGAAAUUGAAACAGAGAAACCUUUUAAAAACAAUAUUAACAAAAAAAUUAAAAAGGAAUCAUCUGAUUCCUCCAGUAGCGAUUCAGAAGAUGAAAAACCACCAAUAAAUAAAAUUGGUCAUAACAAACAACAAAUUAAAAAGGAAACUUGUGAAAAUAAUGAUGAACCUAUGCUAGACAGUGAUUUUGUAAUAAAAAGUAAUAAAGGAAAACAGUUAGGUAAAAAUGGUCUAGUUAUAGAAUCUGUUGGUAAAGAACCCAUUAUUAAAAUUGAUUUAUCUAAAAAGAAAACGGUGAAUAAUUCUGAAGCUAAUCAAAAGAGAUUGCAGUCAAUGAAUGAAAUGAGAAAAGGAUAUAAGUCACAAAAAUCCUUGAUUUCUGCAGCUUUGGCUGGUGUUGAUAAGAAAGUUAAUAAAGUAAUAUUCGAUGCCAAUGAGAAUGACACAAAGUUUAAAAAACCUGUUGAAAAAAAGAAGAUACUUUUUGAUGAUGAUGAUGAUGAAAAAGACUUAUGUGAAUUUAAGAUUAAAGAACAUUUUGAAGGUAAAAAAGGGCAAAAGUUAUUAGAGUUGCAAUCCAAAUACAAAAACGACUCGAGAUUUACGCUGGAUGAAAGAUUUCUGGAAGAUGAUCCUAAAGAAAGUGGUGAGGAAAAUCAGGAGAAUAUGGUAAAUGAUGGAGAUGACGAAACUAAUUUAGAAGAAGAAAAACAGAAGGAAUUUGAGAUUUUAGGUGAAAUUUUAGGGAAAACUAUAGCUCCUAAAAAUAUUGCAAAAGUAAAUGAAGUACAAGACAGGAAAAAAAUGUUACGAUUUGAUCCAAGUCAACCAGAUCAUUCAAAAUAUGAACUACAAAAUAACGAACCAAAAACCACUAAAAGGAAAAGAAAAGAUUCUAAUUCCGAGUUUAAUGAAAAGAAAGCGCAAGAAACCCAACAACCUGAAGUAUCCAAAGAAGUAUUUUAUAAGGUGACUGGUAAUUUGAAAGAUUCAUUGAAUGAAAAACAGGAGUUCAGUCUCUUAAGUAUGUUUGGGAAAAACAGAACAGAGGAAGAGUCAUUGGAAGAAGAGACUGUGAAACAGUUAAAUCAAAACAUUGUUGGACAGGAUUCAAAUCCAUUUAAAUAUGAUUCUUCAGAUGAUGAAGAUGAAACUAUUAAUAUUCCAAAUAAUAAAGAAGUAAAAGAAACUCCUUCAACUGAAAGGAAACAAGCUAGAUUUUGGUCAGAAAGUUUUUUCUUCAAGGAUGAUGAUUAUAGAUUACAGGAGGGCUUUGAUUUUGUUGAAAAAAUUCAAACAGAGGAGAAAGGAGAGUUUACAAAAUUGAGGAGGGAUCUUAAGGAGAUAGUUAGAUCAAAAGUUAGAAAUAACCAACGAAAAGAUAAACCAUUCAAAAAGAAGUUAGGUGGAAAUAAAAAACGAAAAAAUAUAAGGAUCAAGAAAGCUUUGAAAAGGUGAUAAGUGUAUAAAAAUAAAGUUUUAAAUUUUU